CGACCGUCGACAACGCCUUCGACAGCCCAGCGACUCCAAGGCUCCCUAGCAGGCUAGUUCCGGAGCUGCGAUGGCCUCGAAGACCUCGAAAUGGGCCGACGAUGACGACGAAGAAGCCGCCGCAGCUGUCGCACUGCGCAAGAAAGAGAAGGAAGAGAAGAAACGCCUCAAAGAACAGAAAGCCCGUCAAGCUGCUGACACAACAGCACAGCCCGUUCCAUCUACUGCACAAGAACCCGACGGCGAGAAUGGAAGACCUUCCAAACGACAACGCACUUCACCUUCACAAGAGAACGGCGACGCAGAAGAAGGCGCACACCUCCUCCAGUUCCCCUCCCGACCACUACAACCAUGCGGCCACGUCUCACAAUACGAGACUCUGAAUAACAUCGAAGAAGGCUCCUACGGUUUUGUCUCGCGUGCGCGCACAAAAUCCACAGGCACAGUCGUCGCAUUGAAACGACUCAAGAUGCACAACGAAACAAGCGACGGCUUCCCUGUCACCGGCCUGCGAGAGAUCCAGACCCUGAUGUCCUGCCGGCACGCCAACGUCGUCAAACUCCUCGAAGUUGUCAUGGGCGAUACUUUGAAAGAUGUCUACCUCGUAAUGGAAUUCCUCGAGCACGACCUGAAGACCCUGCUCGAAGAUAUGGCCGAGCCAUUCCUGCCCUCGGAGACGAAAACGCUCAUGCUCCAGAUCAUAUCCGCGACCGAGUACCUGCACUCGAACUGGAUCAUGCACCGCGACCUCAAAACCUCGAAUCUCCUACUCAACAACCGCGGCGAAGUCAAACUCGCAGAUUUCGGAAUGGCAAGGUACACCGGCAACCCGCCGCCGAAGCUCACGCAACUCGUCGUGACUUUGUGGUACCGCGCACCCGAACUCCUGCUGGGCGCCGAGGAAUACGACUUUGAGAUCGACAUCUGGAGCAUCGGAUGCAUAUUCGCGGAGCUUCUGACCAGAGAACCUCUCUUCCAGGGCAAGAACGAAGUCGAUCAACUCUCCCAGAUCUUCGCCCUAUUAGGCACGCCGACAAAUGAGUCAUGGCCCGGUUUCAGGUCCUUGCCCAACGCGAAGGCUCUGCAUCCUAUUCUGUCCAAGUCUACCUCUCAAUCGUCCCUGAGCGUGGCCAAGUUCCCGUACUUGACCACUUCGGGCCUGCGACUACUGUCGUCUAUGCUGUCUAUGAACCCUGCAGGACGACCAUCGGCAAGCUUGGCCCUGACGCACCCGUACUUCAGCGAGGACCCGCGUCCGAAAGCAAAGGAAAUGUUUCCCACUUUCCCCAGCAAAGCUGGCCAGGAGAAGCGACGCCGUAGAGUAACUCCUCAGGCUCCUGUACGUGGAGACGCGCCGAGAUUGGAUGAGCAUGAAUUCAAGGGCAUAUUUGCUGGACGGGCGGAUGAAGAGCGUGGCGCCGGGUUCGCGUUGAGAUUGGGCUGAAGGCCAUCGCACUUGAAACUGUUGGGGCUCUAAGCAAGUCCUUUCAGAAACCCACAUGGCGACGAACGCAAGAAAGUUGUCAUCGCGUUACACAUGCGAACGGCGAUUAGUCGUCAAGUCGAGGUCCGACCAAGCUACCUUAUGCCAGACCCGGAUCGAUGCUGCACGGGGUCCCAGCUGGAAAUCUGGCGAUGGGUUUUCCACUCUCCAGCUCUAGGCACAAAUUCAGGACGAAUUCACACAUUAUCAGCUGGCUCGAACAGUUGCAUCUGUGUGAUUGUCUGGCGAGUGGCAAUUGGCGAUGGGUUCAAAGCAGCCCGACUCGCAGGAAGAUGAUAGCAGUGUAAACUGCAAAGUUCAGAUAGAAAAGGAGUCUUGACCGACGCCUCUCCGCCACAAAAUGAGCUAUGCUAUAGAGCAGAUAAACAAGACGACUCUCUGAAUAUCUUCUUCGAAAGAUUUCUCGAACAGCAUUUUAG